AUGUAUCGGCUAAUCAGUGAAAGUGCGGAAACAGACUGGCCUACAGACAAGGUCAAACCGUUUGGUGGAGUAACGUUCUCUGUGACGGAACGACCUCAAAAGAUCUCCAUACGAACCGAUUGCAUUGAAAUUGCGGCCAAUAUGGUCCAAUCAAUCGCACGCUAUCUGAACCUGUCGGAACUGGCUAGUACGUGUGACUUUCCCGUAGCUAUGGAACAGCUGAAGAAUCUGAUUGAUUCUUCGACAGCCCACCAAGUGACUCGUGAACAGAUGAUUGCAGAGUUGGCAGAGAAAAAACAACUGAUACGGAAUUUGACUGUUCUGGCGGAAGAUCAUCGUUUGGUUGGUAAUUGGUGA